AUGGAUCCAGCCCAUCCUCUCCUCACCAACAUCAAAUCAGUCUCAUUCUCGCCCCUCUGGGCAUCCGACAUCCGCUCGAUCUCAGUCCUUCAAAUCACCAAUCCAUCCCUACUCGAUAACAACAAUGUGCCUUCAACUGCAGGUCUCUACGACCCUAGGCUUGGACCACUCAAUUGGAAACAUAUCUGCCGGACAUGUCAUCAACUCAACACUCAAUGUCCCGGCCAUUUCGGUCAUAUUGAACUCAACAUACCCGUCUUCCACCCACUAUUCAUGACACAUGCAUACCAACUCUUGAGAUCAACUUGCUUCUAUUGUCAUCAUUUCCUAUGCUCCAAAUUAGUUAUUCUGUGA